CUCAAUACUAAAGAUCAUAUGACUAAUGUAUUGCAGAUUUGCAGGGUACGUAUGUUCUAAGCAACGUGGCAUCAGGUAAUGAGUUUCACAAGGAAGCAGUUAUGCACCAGCUUUUCCCGCCAUCAUCUAAUGACACCAUGCAUUCAGUGGUGUCUAAGUUCUUGCAGAGUAGUGACAGCCGAUUACGCACUGCUGCUGUUUGGGCUUUAGUAAAUCUUACUUUUCCUACAAGCAGUCCUGGAACAUCUGCUCGAGUUGUAAAGCUACACAAUAACGGCAUACUUUCUCAAUUGAAAAAUAUGGUUAAUGAUCCCUGUUUGGAUGUGAAGCUUAGAGCAAGAACAAUCAUUGGGCAACCAAUGACCUGUGGCGAUGGCUCUGCAUGAAUGUCAUGCUUAUAAAUCUGGUCAAUUAUCUCCACAGCUGCCGCGGUGGAGGCAUGGAGCAUGAUCAUUUGGCCUUUAACUUCUUUUUAAGUGCAAUCUCUUCUUUGUCUUGAGUUUGGAUCAUACAAGCAUGGUCCAAGCGUUUACUUCCAUAUUUUUUCGUUUUGUAACUUUGAAGGUCUUCAUCAGGACACGCUCACAUUGUAUGUGAUUUUUCCCGAGCAGAGGUCAUAUAUUCCGGAUGUUUCUUUACAAGGACACGGUUAGCAUUUGCUAGUUUGUUUUGAACUAUUUUUUUAAUAUCUCCCCGCCUGCCCACCCACCCACACCUAUCUACCUGCAAAGGCCCACUGGCGGGGUGUGUGCAGUCCUCAUUUCUACAUGGCCUAGUAAGUAGGGAUUGUUUUGUAAAAAUUGUAAAAAUGCAUUGGGGGAGGAAUGUUCAUAUAUGCCUUAAAGGGUAUUCAUAUGGCCAGUUACAACCAUGCUAGGGGUAUCCCAAGGACUGUGCACCAAAAGUAUGCACCAAUAUUUUGAUGGUUCACACUGACACAAUAUACUAGUGCGAUCAAAAAGUUUUGCACCAGCAUUGUGCUUGCGUGAACCAUCACACUGGUACAAACUGACGGUGCACAAUUGUGGUGUACAAUUUGAGGUACAACUUUUGAUGUAUAAGUAGGUUAGUUGGGUAUUAUUGUGUAAUAAUCAAUGUACAACUACAAAUUAUCGAAGUGUACAACAAUAGGAUAGUUUUUAUCCCGAAACUAAAAUUUCUCCCCAAGU